CCCAGCUAGCCCUAUGGAUCCCCAGCAGCCUGUUUUUAGCCUAAUGAAGCGGUUGUGUCCUUGUCUCAGCCUGCUGCCGCUGCCAAGUCAAGACUGGAGCAAAGGUGAUGAAAGGCUGCUGCAGGCUGUGGAGCAGAAUGAACCCGACAAAGUCUCUGCCCUCAUCGUCAAGAAAGGUCUCUGUCCAACCAAACUGGACGCUGAGGGCAAGUCUGCGUUCCAUCUCUGUGCAUCCAAAGGCAGACUGGAUUGCCUGGAGGUAAUCAUAUCCCAUGGAGCAGAUGUCAGUGUCACCGACGGGACUGGUUGCAGCGCACUUCACCUUGCAGCCAAAAACAGCCAGCCAGAGUGCUUAAAGAGACUGCUGCAGGAGAGACUAGCGGUGGAUUGCACUGACGGUAUCGGCAGGACAGCAUUGCAUCAUGCAGUGAUCAAUGGCUGCUUGUCCUGCACUGAGACACUGUGGGACUUUAAAGCCAGCCUGGAUGUCCAGGACAGUGACGGGGCGACGCCGCUGAUCCUAGCGGCCCAGAUGAGCAGAGUUGAGCUGUGUUCAUUUCUAUUGGGUAGAGGUGCCAAUGCAAACAUAAGCGACAACCAGGGAAGGUCGGCAUUGAUGCUUGCCUGCGAGAAUGACAGUGUUGAGACUGUAGAGGCUCUGCUGAGAGGUGGCGCAAACACAAAGCUGGUUGACCAACUUGGGCAUAAAGCAGCUGACUAUGCCACAGCUACAGGCAACCAAAGCAUUGUCCGCAUGUUGCAGGAUGGAGUUCCCCCAGUUUCUGAGGGCACAGGCGAGGAGCCCAUUCAAAUCCCCUCAGGUGCUUCAUCAGUGCAAGGGGGGACCACCCCCCGCAAACGGAAAGCUCCUCCACCGCCUCGCUCUCCUCUCCAGAUCCAGGACCUCUCAGCAGGACCUGCCAAAUCUCCGAGCCCAGCUUCCCCUGCCAAGUCCCCCGAGCCCCAGAAAUCCCAGUCUCCAUCUCCACAGCCCCCUGAAACUCAGCAAUCCUCUCAGGCGGAAGAUGAGGAGGUGUUUGAGGAGAUCCGACGGCUGCGUCUUGAGAGAGGCCGUCUGCUUCAGAAGAUUAAGGCCCUGGAGCAGCAGCAGCAGAGCGCCUUGUCUGCUUUGGAGGAGUUGUCCAAACUAAAGCAGCAUCUGAAGGAGGCAGAGGCGGAGAGGGACAAGCUGCUGGAGGAGCUGAAGGGGGCCCAUGGGAUUGGGACCAGUGACUCAGAGGAUCUGGAUGAAAUGCUGGACUUCCCUGAGAAGCUCCUCUCCAAGCGCUCCAGAGCGUCCCCGGCCCAGGAUGACGCCUCCUCACAAACGGACGCAGACUCCAGCGGCCCUUCUCCAGCUCCUGCAGACCCGGGAUCAGUCGCAGAAUUGCAGAAACAAAUAGAGGAACUAAUUUCACAGAACUCUGAACUUGUUCUUAAAGUGCAGAUGCUGGAGAUGUUUGAGAAAGAUGACACGGACAUGCAGACCACCGGCCCAGAUAUGGUCUCCAUGGCUCAGUACGAGACUUUAAGGAAGGAGUUUGAAGCCCUUCAGGAGCGCUUUGCUCAAGCCCAGGCUUCACUGGAAGCUUGCAGCGUGUCUGACGAGCAGAGCAAAGGCAGCUUCCAGAACGGAGGCGAAGAUCCAGAAAGCACGGCGGCUCUCAAAGAAAAGCUGCGUGGGUUGGAGGAGCAGCUGGCCUCCUCUCGGUCUGAGCUGGAGGAGCUAAAGGAGCAAAUGCGUCUCGGAGUGCUUUCUGUGGAGUGUGCCGAAGGAAACGCCGGCGCAGCAGCUGCUGGGGCUGAAGAAGAAGAAGAAGAGGGUGCGAGCCAAGACGCGCAGCAGCUGAGAGCCAGGGUGACGGAGUUGGAGGAGAAGCUCGCAGAGAGGCAGGGCGAGGCUGCGGGUCAGGGCAGCCGGGACAGUGACACAAUCAAACAGCUGAGGGAGAAAGUGAAGGAGCUCCAGGCUGCUCUGACCCAGAGAGAGUCUGCGCUGGAGCAAGAGGGAGAAAACAAGAGGGGAGAAGCAGAGACGGUAAAGUCCCUCCGCGAGAGAGUUGCUGAGCUGGAGGCAGCCCUGGCAGAGAGCAGAACAGCAGGGAAAGAGGGAGCAGCAGCAGGAGAUGGGGAGCGGGUCCGACGUCUUCAGGAGCGCUUGGCUGAGUUGGAGGGAGAGCUGAGGCAGUGCGUCCCCCGCUCAGAGCUGGAGGAGGUGCAGGUGACCCUUGGACUCCAGUGUGAGCAGCUUGCCAGGGAGAGGGCAGACGUGGCCCGACGGCUCAACAAUGCCCUCCUCGAGCUGGAGAGACUCAGACCUCCUCAAUGUGGCAAUGAGGAGGACGACGAAGAAGAGGAGCAGUCAGAGAGCUCAGAGCCCUCCGUCAUGUCAGAUCGGUCCAGGCGAACUCUGGCAGCAGUGACGGAAGAACUGGAGGUGGCGAGGCAGGAAGCCGCUCAGGCUCUGGAUUGCCUUUGUGCCGAGCGGGAGGGCCGGGCGCAGGACGCCCUGCAGCUGAAGGACGCUGUGCCACUUUCGAAACAUAAAGAGGCGCUGUCUGCGGUGUCGGAGCAGCUCGCUCAAACUCUGCAGGAGCUCCAAGAGGAGAAGACACUAAGAGCUCACGCUGAGGAGCAGGCGGCUAAGCUGCAGGACGCCGUUCCCAAAGAGGAACACGAGAAGGUCAAGGAAGAGCUCCAGCGCGCCCUGCAGGCCAGUGAGAAGAAUGCAGCAGCAGCACAGGAGGCUCUCGGCGAGAAGGAGACGGAGCUCAGAGAGCUGAAGUCCCAGAAGGCAGCAGAACAGGGUCUGAUCUCCAAGGAGGACCACGAGGCCCUGCGACUCUCUCUGCAGGGAGAGAUCAAUGCCGCCACAGCACGGUUCAACGACCUCACCAGGAAACAUGAGAAGACGUGCACGGAGGUGUUCCAGGUACAGAGGGAGGCGCUAUUUCACAAGAGCGAGAGGCAGGCAGCAGAAUCUCAGAUGGUUGCGGUGCAGAAGCAGCUCUCUGAGCUACAAGCCCAGUCCACCCACAUCCAGAAGCUCCACAAAGACAUCCAAGACUCCCAGGGUCUUGUGAAAGAGAAGGACCGCAAGAUAACAGAGCUUUCCAAGGAAGUCUUUCGGCUAAAAGAGGCCUUGGGAGCUCUCUCCCUUCCUCUUGGAAUCCCAUCUGCCCCCUUGUCCUCUUCCACUCAACAUGGUAAUCCAGGACAGCAGGUGGCGCUGCAGAACAGGAUUGGCAUCCUCACCCAGCAGCUGCAGGAUUGGGAGAGAAAGCACAAACAAGUGGUGGCUGUGUACCGCUCCCAUUUACUGGCAGCUGUACAGGGCCGCAUGGAUGAAGAGGUGCAACGCUUGCUGCUUCAGAUCCUGAAGAUGACACAGAAGGGAGACUGAAGUGUCUGCAAGUCCCUGCAACUGGCAGCACACACCUCCAGCUCUUUCACUGUAAUCUAUAGGACCAAGAUAACGGAGACCUCAAUCAGAAUGCCAAACAUAGCCAAUCUGUAGUCAGACAUUGCUGCCUGAGCAUAUUAUAAAGCUUAAACAACAGCCCAAAUCCAUGCAUGAGCAAAGCAAACGUCAAGGGACUAGAAUGUGGAGUGCCUUUAUUUUUGUUUUUUAUCUGUAAGGGGUUGAUGAUAGAAGAAAUGUAGAUAGAGUGGAUAUUUUGAUGAUGAUUGUGUGAAAAGUCUACUGAUUUUACAAGAAGUUCUUAUAAUAAAAAGGAAAACUGCUC